GCAUCUUUUAUCCAUUCCUGCGCAAUUUUUAUCCGGUACUGAAUAGAUUUUAGAGACGACUACCGGAAGUAAACAUGGCGGGAUAAACAAAUCAAAUAUCAAAAUAUCUGAUCCUGAGGAAUUGCUAAAAUCAAAAUGAAUUUACAAGACAGAAAUUCGAGACUGUUUAAUCAGCAGGUUAUAGAUUCAAACAUAGAUCAGUUGAUUCGUGAAAGUCCAGUGCCUCAGAUUCUGUAUGGAAAUCAUCUAAACAGUGGUAACAACAACUUUAAUGUACCAUUUUUGGGCCACGGUCAUACAGUGUCAGCCUCAGCAAUUCCAAUAAAGCAUGGCUAUGCAGCAUCCCAAGGUGCAAGGUUUGAUCCAUUUUUAUCUCCACAGAAUAUAAGCUCUUCAUUCCAUUCCAAUAUAGCUAACACAUCGGUAGCUGACAUCUUCAUAAGCUUGAAGAAUCAAUCGAUGGACGAUGAUGACAAGUCAUUGGAGUCAAGUCAGUGGAAUGAAAACACCAGUAAGGAGAACAAUCCUGUAGUUGGAAACUCUUUAAACAACAGACACUCUAUGACUAGCAGGCAGGUCUACCAACAGAGAAAUAGACAACAACAUGAGGAGAGAAACUUUAAUCAGAGUUGUGAUAAUAGUUGGCCAGCUGGAAAUAGAAGACAUGGUAAUCAACAAACAGAUAUGAUAGAUUGGCAACCACAUGGUGUAGUCUGUGAUAGUGGUCACGAUAAAGGACCAAGACAUCAAACACAAAAGGAGAUAAGUGGAAGUGCAGUAGGCAACAAUAAAGAUAACUUUUAUGAGGAGACUUUUCAGGAAGCUUUCUAUACUGAUAGACCAGAUGAAGAUGACAACAUGUCUCCGGAGUCAACUAAAGUAUGUUCAUUGUAUAUGUGGAUUAUAAAACCAGUACCCGGCUCACAUGAUAUCUGUGUUGAGGGCAAGAAAAAUUUAAGAGAUGAAAACUUUUGGCAUAGUGGAGUGAUAACACGUAGAGUCAAUGAAAAAGUUGUGGAGACUCAAACAAAGUCUGUGUACAGACUUGAGGGCAAUAUGGAACUGCUUGAUGCUAUGGCUGCUGGAUUUUCACGGAAGACAGCAGAAGCGUUUUGGCUUGGUUUCCCUAGUGACUGGCAGCAGUUGAUUUAUGAACAUUUUAGAACAGCACCAAUUAACAGCACAGUAGAAACAGAGUCAGAUUCUGAGGAAGAAAUAACAAUAUUAGAGGAGGAGGAAUGUUCUGAUGACCAAGGACAAGAGGAAAUUACUGUAAGAGAAAUUCCAUCUACUGAUGAAGGAGAAGAAUCAGCACCACCUUUACAUACAGAUGAAUCAUCAGAUAUAGAUUUACCUCAUAGUCCCUUAGAUAACAAAAAGUCAAGGUCAAAGAAAGGGUCAAAGGUUGAAAAGGUGAUAGAGAACUGGAUAAUAAGGUCAUUACCAAAUGGGAAAGGAGUUCAUUUGGUUGGAGUGAAAGCUGAUAGCGGGAAUUUGUGGCACAGUUCAGCUAUAGAGAAAAGGUUGGACAAGAAGAGGUUAAUGUCAAAUAGCGGCUCAAUCUACAGGUUGAAGGGUAACAUGGAUAAAUUGUUAAGCCUAAAUGAGGGUUUGCCUGUUGAGAUCAUUGAAAAGUUUAAGUCUGGGUUUCCAAAAGAGUGGCAAGAAUUGGUUCAGGAGCACUUAUGUACCAAAAAACGCAGUAAGAAGAAAUCUACAAUUUCAAAACACAAAACAACACAUACAUCAAAAAAGAAAGGACAAAUUGGUGGCAAGAAGGACUUUAAGCAAAAACAAUCUACUCAGACUAAGAGCAAUGACAAGAAGCCUGUAUUAUCCUCGGAGAAGAAAAGUCAAGUUAAAGAUGAUACCCAAGGGAGAAAGUCUAGUGUCAGUCUUGAUAAUACUCCAGUAUCUAACAGAGAGAAGGGUGUUUCUAUACCAGCAGAACCAUAUAAAAGAACAAAGACUAUUCUGACACCGUCUGGAGAGAGUGUAGAUUUGGAGAGUUUAGGACGUUCAAGGAGUGGUAGGUUAAUAAAGCCUAGAUUACAGUGGUGGACAGGUCAAACACUAGAGCUGGAUGGGGAAAAUAUCACUGUAAAGGCACCAACUAUUGCUUCCAGCUUAUUCUUACAGCAGUUUGAGGAUGGUUAUAAGAAAUCAACACAUAAGGUAAAACCAUAUUGGAAUCCAAGGCAAAAAGACAAAGAUUAUUCAUUGAAUGCCAGCAAAUCUUCAUUGAACUCUAGUGUCUCCUCAGUUGAAACAAAGAAAAAACAUUACUCAAAAAGAAAAGAACUGGUAGAACCUGCAUCUUCUAAAGCUGCAAACAAUUCUAGCCAAUCAGAUGAAGAUAUUAAUCAAAACUUGAAACUAGAGGUAAAAGUUAUCCUGGAAAAUCAUAGGUCAAGAAGAAAAAAGGUAACAAAACUUAAUACUUGCUACAGUAAUAAAUUGAUUGAUGAUGAGGCAACAACAGAUACAGACAAUCCAUUUGAUAUAUCUGAAACUACAGACCUUGAAACCACUUUAACUGACCAAGAAGUGUCAGACCCUAUUAAAGCUAAAAGAUCAAAAAGAAAAAAUGAUAAUGGACCCAAUCUAGUAAAAGAAAAUAGAAGAACGGUUGAUCAAGUUAAUGUUGUGUCAUCUAGUACUGGGGAUAUUAGGACUCGGGAAAGAAACAGUCCUGGGGAUAUAGGCUGUAGAAAACUGAGAUCUAGAAAUGUAAAGGUGCCAAAAAUGGAUGUUGGAGUUGGAUUGAAAGAAAGCAAAAAAGGGGGAGUUCUUGCUACUAAAGAGAAAGCAAUCACUGAUGAAUUGAAGGACAGUGACUUUGAAUCAGAUAAAGAAUCAAAAAGGAAAAGUGUAGUUAGUAAGCGUGAUAUAAAUAAUAAGGGAACAUGUUUUAGAAAGAGAGGUAAAACUCUCCCAGUAAUAGAAGAAGAUGAUCAGCAAGAUACUGAUGAUCCCAGUCUUGAACCAGUAAGUAAAUCUGGGAAGAAGAAAAAUGGGAUACAAAAACGUGCAUUUAGUAAAUUAAGUGUGAUAGAAAGUAAGAAAAAGUCAGAGAAUGUUCAUAAAGCACCAGAAUGCUCGGAUGAUAACACUGACCACUGGACUAAAGAAGAAAAAGAUAGAUUAAAAGAUGCAUGUAAGAAUGUGCCUCCAAAUAACACACAUUACUGGGAGAAAGUGUCAGCUGAAGUUAGAACAAAAACUGCUGAGAUGUGUAAAGCCAUGUAUUACAUUGAUCAGAAACCACCAAAGUCAGCAGAGAAGAAAAACAAGAAAAAUGUGAAAGAAAAGGAGAAGGUGACCAGUUUAACUGCAAAUGUUGGAACAUUAAAGAGAAAACAACAAUUAAAAGACUUGCUAGAACAACAAAAUGAUAAUUACACAGAUGACAUCUUUGACUCCACACCAUUCAGAAAUUCAAGAAAAAGGAAGGUUCUUGGGGAAAAUGAUGAUGAUGCAAUCUUUGAAGAGUUAGCUCGGAAACAGGGCAAGUCGAGGUUUGAGACGCCUGUAAGCACAGAAACUAUGUGUAGGAGAAUUAGUGUACCAUUUGCUUCAACUAAGAAGACUCCAGUUUCUAAUAUCAAUGUAGAAACAUUGGAGGGAAGUGGUGAUACUGAUGCAUAUGUGCAUAAAAUUCUCAAAAGAAGACUUUUAUCAAGGGGCAAAAAGAAACAUGUUACUCCUAAGUCAGUGAAAAAGGCAAAGGUUCCAGAGAUUUCCCCACAACAAAAGUUAAUGUUUCAUAAUUAUCUGGGUGAGAACAACAAAGAGGAUAGUGAAAAUCAUGAGGAUUCCUCCCAGGAAGAAGAUUUUUAUUGGGAAGAUGAUGAAAAUACAGACAAAUCUGUUCUUAAAACUAGUGACAGAUAAAUACUAUAUAAUACACAUGUGAGGAAACCUGUUUCUUGUUGAUUAAAAUAGCAGUUCAAUAUAACUGUAUUUGAGACACUGCCAUCUAAAUUUGUGUGUAUGAUCUCUCAAGGUUAGUGAAGCUGUGAGACAUAAACUGAGCAAUGAUAUACAAAGACGUAUAUAAGUGAUGAUUGACCUUUUCAAGAACUACUUUCAACCAUGUAUUGCCUUUAUCACAUAACUACUGUUUUCUUCAGCAUUAUAAGAAAACUAUUUUUGUAUAAAAUAUCAAUGUGAAGUAAACAAUAUUUAAGCUUG